CCUUGAGCCCUCCUCGCCCUCCCCACCGACAUCAUGCUCCAGUUCCUGCUUGGAUUUACACUGGGCAACGUGGUUGGAAUGUAUCUGACUCAGAACUAUGACACACCAAACCUGCCUAAAAAACUUGAAGAAAUUAAAAAGGACUUGGAUGCCAAGAAGAAACCCCCUAGAGCAUGAGACUGCCUCCAGCACUGCCUUCGGGAAACACUGAUUCUACUGCUCUUGAGGGCCUCCUUUACCAUCUGAACCAAAAGCUUUUGUUUUUGUCUCCAGCCUCAGCAAUUCUCUUCUUUGCUAGACCCUGUGUUUUUUGCUUUAGAGCAAGCAAAAUGGGGCCCCAAUUUGAGAACUACCCUACAUUUCCAACAUGCUCACCUCUUCCCAUAUUCCCUUUCCAACUGCAUGGGAGGUUCUAAGACUGGAAUUGUGGUGCUAGAUUAGUAAACCUGACUUUUAA